ACGCCGUUACAAAUUGAAAAACAUGCUGCAAAAGUUUACACAAAAACGGUAUUUUCAGAGGUGCAAAUGGAGAUUGAAACAACAUGUUUCAGAUGUGUGUCUGUGCAUAUUGAAAAGGAGCAUGAAAACACCAAAUAUAAGGUUGUAGAAGUUGGACAAGAUGGUGUUGACUUCAUUAUUAAUAAAUGUGGUGAUUCUGUAGAUUGCAGCUGCAAAAAGUUUCAACAGUUUGGAUUGUUAUGUCGUCACACAAUGAUGCUAAUCAAGGACUUAGAAAGAAUACCAGAGAAAUACCUCCUCAACCGUUGGUUUAAAUUUGCUUCUUCUGGACAUGAGAUUGAUAAUGCAAGAUUAAAUGCACUUAAUGGCAAAAAUCAGAGAAAUGCAUAUUUAAACAAUCUAUGGUCUGAUUUUCAUUGUUGUAUAACUCUUGCUGAAGGUAGCAAAGACAAAUUGGAACGAUUAUCCAGGAUUAUAAAUGAAGAAAAGAACCAGUUGUUGGGUGCACAACAAGUUUCCAAUUCAAUCCUGAGUAAAGAAGCUGUAAUACAAGAAUUAUGUGGUUUAGUUUCGAAUCUUGAUGUUGAUACCUACCACCAAAGCAAACAAAAACAAGAGGAGUGGAAGCAACACAAAAAUCUGAUUGCUGUCACAAUAAGAAAAAUCUACCAAAGAAAGUCAAAAGCUGAAAAGACGUUGCCUUCUAAACCAACCCCAGCCCAUUAUUUCCGAUCCAAAUUUGCAGCCCAGUUCCAACCCCCAGCCCGUCUCCUUCAACCGACACACCACGGUCUUUAUAAUGAGCCCAACCACCAACAGCCAGCCGGUUCAACCUCAUCCGCUUGCUCCGACGCCGGCUCCGACGUUGUCUCUGCCACCGGAAAACCUAAGCCGGCAAAUUCCAAUACUGCCUCGGCAUUAGUUACUUCUUUUGGAAAUAUUGGACCUAACCCAGCUCCCCAGACCGAACAGUUACCAGGAGCACCAACCAUUAAUACUGGAGCCUCUGAGCCUACCAUUCUUUACGUUCGAGAAGAUGGCGCGGUGGUCACGACAGGGACACGACCGGCAGGCACAUCCACAGCCAAUCACAACACAGCCGGGACCCCCACGACCACACCCAAGAGCCCACUCUCCUUCCGGGACGCUAUUACGGGAAGAAGAGACGGCAGUUCGAAUGGUCCACGUCCAGCACUAAAAGAAUUCAUACUUGACGGUGAUUAUGCGAACGCUUGCGGGACCAUCAUACGCUCGGAGGCUAACAGAGUGAAGGUCCGAUUCUCACAGGCCGAAGCUGUCACCCUCGCAGGUAA